UAUUUGAACGAAACUCCAUUGAAAGCAUUAUAUCUGAUCGCAACUCAUGGAAAGCCUGACGUGAAGAGUAGGGAGAAGUUGUCACCAGAAUUGGUUGAUUUCCUGGACCGUUGUCUGGAAACGGAUGUGGAGAAGAGGUCUUCAGCCGAAGAGUUACUUUCACACACUUUCCUCACGAAAGCGGAGAGUCUGUCGACGAUUACACCACUGAUCAGAGCCGCCAAAAAGAUACUCAACAAACACUAA